AUGGAGCUGGCACUCCCCAACGACGUAUUGCUCUUGAUUGGCGAGCAGCUGGAACAGAAGUCAGAUUGUUGGAAUCUUGUCUUCGUCUCUCGUCACUUUCACAACUUGUUUCUCCCCUUUGUCUAUCGCAGAGUUUCCCUGCGCAAUUGGCCAGAUGCCAGCUCCUUUCUGCAUGCCAUCCUCGAUCGACCGGCGCUUGCGCGCGCUGUCCGGGAGCUGGACUUAAGUGACUGGCUUGCGAGCAUUGUUUCAGAUGAGCACGAUAAAAAAAUUACAGAGUCAGCGCAAGUGAAGCAAUGGUUACGCUACCUAUCACACUCAGACAGCGAGAGUCGGCAAUGGACCGAGGAUCUGGGACAAGGCUUGGGAGAUGCCUGGGCUGCGUUGAUACUUCCGCUAUUGAGUCAAUUAAGAAUUCUCCGGGUGAUCUACGCCAGCACUUCUUCUUGGCUGGAUGAGAUCAUGAGGAGAGCUAUCCAGUGUCAAAGGCCGUUCGAGAUGCAGCCGGCAUUCCAGUACCUGCAAGAGAUCUUUCUGCAUCGUUGGGAUAAUCUCAACCGCCACGGCAACUGGGCUGCAAGUGAAGAACAACAGCCAGCGUCAAAUAUUCUCCUACCAUUCUUCAGACUGCCAUCCGUCCGUGUUAUAACCGCAGACUCGGUUGUGGAUCCCAGCAUGGCGAUCACAUCUCCCGAACAAACGACCCAAAACGCCAUCGCUGGUUGCUCUUCAAUUACUGAGAUUGAUCUGCGAUCAAGUAGCGGAAAUCACGGCAUGGAGGCCUUGGUCCUGUCAUGUGCAGACCUCAAGUCCUUUAAAUAUCAGCACUCGGACUCCCACGUUCUUUCUCAUGGAUACCAGCCCUCGGCUUUUUAUCACUCGCUCAGCCAUAGCAAGAGGAGUCUCGAAACAUUGUGGCUGGAUCACCAUGGCAGUCAUUUCCCAUUCACUGCUGCUGGCCUCAAUCAAUCGCAUGAUGAAUGGUUUGGAUCGCUGGUCGAUUUCACUGCACUGCGAGAAUUGCGCGUGCGAUUGCCGAACCUACUGGAUAUCCGAUAUCAGAAUGAACCAACCACACCAUUAUUGGAAUGUCUUCCCUCCUCGCUAGCGACACUGUACAUUGAAGGUUGUGAAGAGAGAAAUCUAGGGAUGCUGGUCUCUCAAUUGCAAAUCGUGGUCAAGAACCGACAAACCCGGUUCCCAAAACUCAAUCGCAUCAAUGUUGAGGGUGCAUUCCAGAAUGUCAGGUCUGGCGACGAUGACCGGAUGACUAGCCCUGGACCAGAAAUCUCCGAAGGAGCAAUGACCAAUAAGAUCUUUCAGGCUGUCGAACCACUGCAUAUUGAUUGUUGCAAUGCUGGUGUUGAACUAUAUCUCCAUGAUCGCGCCCUUUCCACGUCUUGA